UGCCCGGUGCCGCGCUCGGCACCGUUUCGGCGCGCCUUCAGCGCGGGAGUUGGGGGCGCGGCGCGCCUGGCCGGCCUCCCCGGUGCCCCCGUGAGGCGUGAGUUAUGGAGCCGCCUAGCUGCAUUCAGGAUGAGCCGUUCCCGCACCCCCUGGAGCCCGAGCCGGGCGCUGGGAAGCCGGGCGACAAGCGGUUCCGGCUGUGGUACGUGGGGGGGUCGUGCCUGGACCGCAGGACCACGCUGCCCAUGCUGCCCUGGCUCAUGGCAGAGAUCCGCCGGCGCAGCCAGAAGCCCGAGGCGGGAGGCUGCGGGGCGCCGGCGGCCCGCGAGGUGAUCCUGGUGCUCAGCGCGCCCUUCCUGCGCUGCGUCCCCGCGCCGGGCGCAGGGGCCUCGGGGGGCACCAGCCCCGCGGCCGCGCAGCCCAACCCGGCCGUGUUCAUCUUCGAGCACAAGGCGCAGCACAUCUCGCGCUUCAUCCACAACAGCCACGACCUCACCUACUUUGCCUACCUGAUCAAGGCGCAGCCAGACGACCCCGAGUCGCAGAUGGCCUGCCACGUUUUCCGCGCCACAGACCCCAACCAGGUUCCUGAUGUUAUCAGCAGCAUAAGGCAGUUGUCUAAAGCGGCCAUGAAGGAGGAUGCCAAACCCAGCAAAGACAACGAGGACGCCUUUUACAACUCUCAGAAGUUCGAAGUCUUGUACUGUGGAAAGGUGACGGUGACCCACAAGAAGGCCCCGUCCAGCCUCAUCGAUGACUGCAUCGAAAAGUUCAGCCUGCACGAACAGCAGCGCCUGAAGAUCCAGGGUGAGCAGCGCAGCGCGGACCCCUGCGAGGACCUGGCCGUCUUGGAGGCGGGGGCGCCCGGGUCCCCCGGAGACUGCCUGCCCGAGGAGGUGGACGGCGUCGCCUACACCCACCCUGGCUUCCCUGCCGUGGCCAGCCAGCCUGCCCUGCCCAGCUCUCGGGUGUGCUUCCCUGAGCGGAUUUUGGAGGAUUCUGGCUUUGAUGAACAGCAGGAGUUUCGGUCUCGGUGCAGCAGUGUCACGGGCGUGCAAAGGAAAGUUCCAGAGAGCAGCCAAAAGCCACAGCCGCGAAGGAGGCACGCCAGCGCCCCCAGUCACGUGCAGCCGUCCGACUCCGGGAAGAACCGAACCAUGCUCUUCCAGGUUGGGCGAUUUGAGAUUAACCUUAUCAGUCCAGACACUAAAUCAGUUGUGCUAGAAAAGAAUUUUAAAGAUAUCUCUUCUUGUUCUCAGGGUAUAAAGCAUGUGGAUCACUUUGGCUUUAUCUGUCGGGAGUCUCCAGAGCCAGGACUGAGCCAGUAUAUUUGUUAUGUGUUCCAGUGCGCCAGCGAAUCUCUGGUAAGUGGUGUUAUUGUUGUCUGCGUGCUCCUGCUCACACAGCCUUUAAACAGAACACUCAUCUUCAUUUUAACACAAACCUUCAGGUGGAACCGUUGUGAUGUCGUCCUGAAACAGGCUUUCAGUACGGCGGCGCCCUCAGAAGUGCCAAAUGACCCAGUCAAUCUGUGCGGGCCUGCUCCCAAUGCACUCUUUCAUAAACUCUGGCGAGGGAAGGAAUUUGAAGAUUUAAAUCCAGAGCCCGCCAGGGAAGGGAUGAAGUGCGGGGCAUCCCAUACACCGAGAUCUCUGCUGCUAGACUCUGUUUCAUACUUUCCCUCAUUGUGUUCCUUAGGUCUCUACCCCCCGAGAGCCAAGCUGGUAAUACAGAGGCAUCUCUCCUCACUGACAGAUAAUGAGCAAGCUGACAUCUUUGAAAAAGUCCAGAAAUUGAAGCCAGUCAGUGACCAGGAAGAGAAUGAACUUGUGAUUUUACACCUGAGGCAGCUGUGCGAAGCCAAGCAGAAGACACACGUGCACAUCGGGGAAGGCCCGUUGACUAUUUCAAAUAGUGCAGUCCCGGAAAAUGCUACAAGCAGUGGAAGGUUCAAACUUGACAUUCUGAAAAAUAAAGCUAAGAGAUCCUUAACUAGCUCCCUGGAAAAUAUCUUCUCAAGGGGAGCUAACAGAAUGAGAGGUCGGCUUGGAAGUGUGGACAGCUUUGAACGAUCCAACAGUCUUGCUUCAGAAAAGGACUACUCACCGGGGGACUCUCCACCAGGGACACCGCCAGCCUCCCCACUAUCUUCGGCUUGGCAAACAUUCCCUGAAGAGGAUUCCGACUCCCCGCAGUUCCGAAGACGGGCACACACGUUCAGCCACCCACCUUCGAGCACAAAGAGAAAGCUGCAUUUACAGGACGGGAGGGCUCACGGGGUGCGCUCCCCGCUGCUGAGGCAGAGCUCCAUCGAGCAGUGCAGCAUUCUUCCUUCAGCUCGACGCAUGCACAAGGAGAGUAAUUCUUCCUCCAGUCUUCCAAGUCUUCACACUUCCUUCUCUGCCCCUUCCUUCACUGCCCCCUCUUUCCUGAAAAGCUUUUACCAGAAUUCAGGUAGACUCUCCCCACAGUAUGAAAAUGAAAUCAGACAGGACACUGCUUCAGAAUCAAGUGAUGGAGAGGGGAGAAAAAGGACCUCAUCUACCUGCAGCAAUGAGUCCUUAAACGCUGGAGGAAACUCUGGCACUCCUCGCCGAAUCUCCUGGCGACAGCGCAUUUUCCUCAGGGUUGCAUCUCCCAUGAACAAAUCUCCCUCGGCAAUGCAGCAGCAAGAUGGGCUGGACAGGAAUGAGCUGCUGCCACUGUCCCCUCUUGCUCCAACCGUGGAGGAGGAACCGCUGGUUAUAUUCCUGGCUGGUGACGAUGACCCAGAAAAGAUUGAAGAAAAAAAGAAAUCAAAGGAACUGAGGAGUUUGUGGAGAAAAGCUAUACACCAACAAAUCUUGUUGCUUCGAAUGGAAAAAGAAAACCAGAAACUUGAAGAAGCAAGCAGAGAUGAACUCCAGUCUAGAAAAGUUAAAUUAGACUAUGAGGAAGUUGGUGUAUGUCAAAAGGAAGUUUUAUUAACUUGGGAUAAGAAGUUGUUAAACUGCAGAGCGAAAAUCAGAUGUGAUAUGGAAGAUAUUCACACGUCUCUUAAAGAAGGAGUUCCCAAAAGUCGUCGAGGAGAAAUCUGGCAAUUCCUAGCUUUGCAGUACCGCCUGAGGCACAGAUUGCCUAAUAAACAGCAGCCGCCUGACAUAUCCUAUAAAGAACUUUUGAAGCAGCUCACUGCUCAGCAGCAUGCUAUUCUCGUGGACUUAGGAAGGACAUUUCCUACUCACCCUUACUUUUCAGUUCAGCUUGGGGCAGGGCAGCUGUCACUCUUUAAUCUCCUGAAAGCCUAUUCUCUGCUGGACAAAGAAGUGGGUUACUGUCAGGGCAUCAGCUUUGUGGCUGGAGUCCUGCUUCUGCACAUGAGUGAAGAGCAAGCCUUUGAAAUGCUGAAAUUCCUCAUGUAUGACCUCGGCUUCCGCAAGCAGUAUAGACCUGACAUGAUGUCGCUGCAGAUUCAAAUGUACCAGCUGUCUAGGCUCCUUCAUGACUAUCACAGAGAUCUCUACAAUCAUCUUGAAGAAAAUGAAAUCAGCCCCAGUCUUUAUGCUGCCCCCUGGUUCCUCACGUUGUUUGCCUCUCAAUUUUCAUUAGGAUUUGUAGCCAGAGUUUUUGAUAUUAUUUUUCUUCAGGGAACUGAAGUUAUAUUUAAGGUUGCACUCAGCCUACUGAGCAGCCAAGAGGCACUUAUAAUGGAAUGUGAAAACUUUGAGAAUAUUGUCGAAUUUCUUAAAAGCACGCUACCGGAUAUGAAUACCUCUGAAAUGGAGAAAAUUAUUACCCAGGUUUUUGAGAUGGAUAUUUCUAAGCAGUUACAUGCCUAUGAGGUGGAAUAUCAUGUGCUGCAGGAUGAGCUGCAGGAAUCAUCCUAUGCCUGUGAGGAUAGUGAACCUAUAGAGAAGCUGGAGAGGGCCAAUAGCCAACUGAAAAGACAAAACAUGGACCUCCUAGAAAAAUUACAGGUGGCUCAUGCUAAGAUCCAGGCCUUGGAAUCAAACCUGGAAAACCUUUUGACCAGAGAGACCAAAAUGAAGUCUUUAAUCCGGACUCUGGAACAAGAAAAAAUGGCUUACCAAAAGACCGUGGAGCAAAUCCGGAAGCUGCUGCCGGCCGAUGCUCUAGCCAGCUGUGAAGCGCUGCUGAGAGACCUAAACUGCAACCCUAACAACAAAGCCAAGCCAGGAAAUAAGCCAUAAUCUAAGAGGUGUGGUCUCAGCAGAAAGUGCUCCUUAGAAUACUACAGAAAGGAAGAGCCUGCAUGCCGCUGGCCCAGAGCUGGACCCUGACGCUAAUGGAACCACCUCCUCCUGGUGCUGAGCCCCUAGUCAAAGCAGGUGGACCCCACUGUCAUCAGAGCAUGCCGACCCUAAGCCAUUGUACAUAGGUAGACUGGCUUUUGUUGUUGUUGCCAUGUACAUAUAUGUAAAAUGAACGCAGAGAGUUCAUGCUUUCAGAGCAAAAUGGGUAGAUGUAUAUUUAGAGCAAAAGUUUUUAGUCAAAACUUCAUGAAAUCCACACCAAAGGGAAGUUAAAGUGGAAUUCCCCUUGGGCACAUGUGAAAUCUUUUUGUUCUCUAAAGUGAAACAAAGCUAGAGCAUCUUUGUAUAUUGAAAUAUACUUGAAAAAAAUGAAUGUAUUUUUUUCUCCAAAGAACAGCAUGUUUCACUUAAUGGUGGAAAGGUGGAAACAUUUAUGUAACUUUAUGUGUAUCUGUCUUAAAAUCUAUUGACAUUGUCUAUGUCUAUGAGAAAAAAUGACGGAUUGCUAGUCAUGCUCCUAUGGGGUUUUCAUGGAGGUAGGGGCCUCUCUCCCUGCCUGCUUUGUGCCAGCUAGCGUGUUGCAUCUUGUAUGCAUUUUGAGUCUGGUUCGGCGUUGCUUUGGACAUGCAUAAGGAGAGAGCAGGACAUUGUGGCUGAGUCUGCCUAGCUCAAGGUAAAGGAGAAUGUCGCUAAUUUUCUAGCAAAUUAGACCACCAUCGUUACUCAAACUAAAAGAUCAUGCCUCAAAAUUUUAAUUUAGGACCUAAAUUGUCUAGAUUAGCUUUCUACUGUUUUAUUUAGAUGACUCCUGCGGUUGUCAACAGACUUCCCUUUACUUGGUGCCACAGUCAUGAGAUGACAAGGAUUUGCCAUUUCGCCACCAAAUUGUGAAAGCUCUUAAUUUAGUUCUCUACCUUAAAUUUAGUGUAAGAAAAUGCA